AUGCUUUCCCCUGAUAGGAACAACGCAACCCCCAGAGAGAAGAUCUCUGCAAGAAACUGGCUGAUCUUUGCGACACUCUGUUUCGGUGCCAUCGCUGGGGCGAUGUCCAACGGCAUUAUCAGCACGACUCUGGGCCAGCCGUCUUUUCUCGAAUAUUUCGGCUUCCUCAACCUCACGGGGACCAAUACUAGCCUCAUUGGAGCCACUCUCGGGGUCUUUUAUGCCGGUUGCCUCUUUGGUCUUCACUGCCAGGACUACGUGUCGGACAAAUAUGGCCGUCGGAUGUCACUCGCCGUUGCGUCCGCUACGUCGAUUGUGUCUGGGGGCUUGAUCGCGGGGAGUGUGCACAUUGCAAUGUUUCUCGUCUUUAGGUUCCUCGCAGGGUUUGGAGCCUCGAUGUUCGUUGCCGCAACGCCUCUGCUCAUGUCGGAGCUGUCCACACCUCGUCACCGAGGACUAAUGGUAGGUAUGUUUGGCGUGGGACUGUCAUUUGGCUAUUCUGUUGCCUCUUGGUUCGGGGUGGCCUUCUACUAUCUUCCUGCCUCUGGUGCCCAAUGGCGAAUCCCUUACGCUUUAACAACCGUCCCGUCCAUUCUGACACUUAUUCUUCUUCCCUGGAUCCCGGAGUCUCCAAGAUGGCUUAUUAUGGUUGAUCACCUUGAUGAAGCAUUACGAAUUAUUCGCAGCCUCCACGGAAGCAGCAGAGAUCCGCAGCUGGACUCGUUCGCCAACGCCGAAUUCGAGCAGAUGAAGACUCAAAUUGCUUUUGAGCGCCAGCAUAAGGUCACUUGGGUUGAGUUUUUGACUUCCAAGCGCUAUAGAAGCAGAGUUUGGACAGCUGCUCUGACAUUUAUGGCCAGUCAGUCCGCCGGCAUUCUCGUGGUCAUUAACUAUAGCACCGCAAUCACCAAGAACCUUGGAUUUGGACCAGCCGCGCAGUUGUCUAUCACAUCCGCCUAUCUCUCCUCCGGUCUCGUGGCCGUCUGCAUCGGAGCUCUCAUUGUCGAUCAUCUGGGAAGAGUGAGAUCCAUUAUCAUUGGCACUUUGCUUCAGGUCACGCUUCUUGCCUGCCUCACAGGUAUCAUUGCGAAAUACGCUGGAAGCUCCAACAAAGCAGCAAACUCAGCAGCCAUUGCACUCUUUUUCCUCUACUUUCUAUCUUAUGGCACCUUCGUUGAGGGGCAGAUCUACACAUAUUGUAACGAGCUGUUCCCCAGUCAUCUCCGAGCCAAGGGUGUCACUUGGGGCCUUUCCUGGUUGUAUCUGUUUGCCAUCCCAUUCACCACUGGCGCGUUGUAUGCGUUCGAGACCGUUGGCUGGAGGUACUACUUGGUCUUUAUUGUUGUCCCCCUUGUAGUUGUCGCUGCACUGAGAUUUCUGGCCAAGGAAACAAAGGGGAAAACUCUGGAGGAAAUUGGUGCACUUUUUGGGGAUGAGCUUGUCGUCAGAAAUCUUGACGAUCAGCUACAGACUGACAAGGUUGCCGGCACCGAAAGUGUUCAUGUCGAGAAGAUCUAUCCAACAGUCUCGGAACAGGAUGAGGCGGCCAAGACAUUCUAG